AUGCAGCUGGGCUGGAUUUGGCUCCUCCUUCUCGGCACGACCUACAGCUGGGGAGAAGGAGGAUGCCAGUGCGGACAAAGCUGGGAGCAGAUUCGGCUGGAGAUGUGGGAGAUGUUCCGGCCGGAUCUGGAUCUCGCAGGACUUACGGAUUGCUUGAUGAACAACGACUGCAGCGAUGCAGACCUUGCUGCAGCGGCGAUGCUGCAGGGCACUGCAAUGUCUUGCUCCGAAGAGGAACUUCCCAAAGUCUCUUCGCUGGUACCGUGCGCUGCAGGCUUCACGCACUACAUGAUAGCUUGUGCGCUGCAGAUGUGGCUCAAAGGCUUUAGCCGUCAAUCUGCAUUGUAUUGGGAGCAAGGUCUCGGCUACCUUUCACUGUGUUUGAGUUGCUUGGAUGGUUCCGAGUGGCCUAUGUGGUCGGGUCAGAUCCUUGAGAACUGGCAGAACUUUUUACGCACUGCUUUUCCGCCCGCUGCCGUUGUAGCGGAGGAAAGGCAAAGCGGCGACGGUACAUUCCUUUCCGUUGGUCCACCAGCACAUGCAAAGUCCUUGAGCUGGUGGCGGACGCUGCCGCGGCGGGGCCGCUAUUGCCCACCGCAAGGCGAUCAUCUGGAGGGGCUCCUGGAGAAUGAUUGGGCGAAGGAGCCUACAGUGCUUUGUGCCGUCCCACUGGUAUGGCCUGGCGAGGAGCUGGCCGCUGCAGCCAUCGUGGAGACUUAUGGUCCCCAGUGUGACAGGCUGGUCUUCUUCGUGGCAUCACCGAACGAGGCAACGGCUGCCGAAGCACACCGACAAAUAGCGAAGCUCUUUGAAGGUGCGAUUGUGGUGAACCUUGCGGCUCGCUGGCCUGCAAUGCUCCGAGACCGGAGAGAAGCCUUGGCUUCCGAGGGUCGAAGGGAGACGUCUGGUGCAAACCAGAAAGACCUGCUUCUCUUCGAACACCUGGCCGCAAGUCAGGAGCCUCUCCCGGACUGGGUGUGCCGUGUCGAAACGGAUAGCUACUUUGCCGCGGCCAACUUCCGCAGGUUCGUUGUUGGUCGGAAUCUGAGUGCUGAGGAGCCGUUGUACCUUGGGAGCUUGGCAUACUGGCAAGUACACUUCGAGCCACGCAUCCUUUACAACGAGCAGGUCCAAUGUCUGAGCCGAGCCGCAGUGCUGCGAAUGGGUGCAGUAGUCAAGGCAGCGCCAAAGGCUGAAGCUGCGAGCUACGCGCGAUGCGAGGUGGCUCCUGGACAUCGCGGGGACAUCAUGAUGGGACUUUGCCUGGCUGAAGCGGGCAUCGGACCGCAUCCGGAUGUGACUGACCGAUGGGGCCGCGAGUACUUCAUGAACUUUCGCAUGGAGGACAUGGCUGCCCACGCACCUGACAACGCCUAUGGGGAGCUCAUGGCGGACCCAAGGGAGAUCACCAGUAAUGCAGCUAUCCACUGGCGAGGGAAGGCGCAUCUCUUCAUGCCUUGCUUGUGGAUCAACCGCUUCUGGGCUUCACCAUUGCCGAUCAGCUUCCAUGACUACAAGGAUCCCGAGAAGCUGCGGGAGGUACACGAGAUCAUGCAUGGCCGCCAAAGCUGCCGCCGCUGCCCCGAUGGUUACAUUCCUCGCCUGGCAGAGGAAAAGCAACGACUCGUUCGUGUGCGGGAGGAGGAAGUUGACAUGCACGUAAUAGACAAUGAAAGCCCUAUAAUAAUAAUGUUGUCCAUCGUCCGCCUCAUAGUCAAAGUCACAAGGUUUAUGACAAACAUUGUAAUAAGACCGAGGCUAAUGCGUCAGCCGAAAUGGGACUGGUGCCCAAACGGUUGCAUCGCAUGUGUCAUCGAGUCAUCAAGCACAAGUUUCGCAGCAGGCUCAGACAACCUGAAACUCGAAGCCCUACGACCGUCAACAGAAAAGCGAAGACCGCUGAUAACCCCAAAGAAUUUGCAUUAA